AUUAAGGCAAGUGGACUCGGUAAUUGGAGCGCACGCUUCACUCUUUAUUUUCUCUCUCUCUGUCUGUUCUUAUUUCUCUCUCUCUCUCUCUCACACACACAUACCUCCCUGGCAAGAAUUAUCGGCUGGUUCUUGGCUGGUCGAAGAUUGCUCAGACCAUCUUAUACAUACACAGACGUACACACACAGAGUCUAACCACACAUGCACGUACACAGAGAACUCGUAUUCAUUUUUUUUUUUUUUCAGAAGUCCCGCCAUUAUCCUUUCAUUAUUUCCUUAAUGAGCAUCCAUGUUCCUUUCAGAAUCCUACUGCCGAGCAUGUACUUGUGAACGGCAGUUGUAGAAUAUACUUUGAGAUGAUUUUUAUGCAUUAUUUGUGUUUUAUUACAGAUUUUUUUCAAUAAGUAACACCAUGGAAUUCCCCAAAGAAACACCUUCGUUGCGUAGGGUACGGAUUUUCAAACAGACCUUGAUGUUCUUAGCCUCCAGCUGGGGCUACCUGUCGGGUGGCAUGUCGCUCACCUGGCCCAAUGUCUUGGCCUCAGACAUCCUCGUGGACAACAGCACAAUGUUUGGCACUCAGCUCAGCCUGUCCGAUUCGCAGAUGGACAUGGUGGGCAGCAUGAUGUUCGUGGGUUCGCUCCCGGGCUACGUGGCGGCCGGCUGGCUCGUGCGGGCCAUCGGGCGGCGGCGCUCGAUGAUGCUGUCCGCUGUCCCCGGCGUGGCGGGCUCCCUCUCCAUCGCCCUCGCCCUCAACACGGAGAUGAUCCUCGUCGGCAGAUUUCUUGAAGGUACGUCCUACGGCAUGAUGGGCGUCGCCGUGCGGCCGUACAUCGUCGAAAUCGCCGACACGGGCAUCCGCGGGUCGGCUGUCGUCGUCGCCAACUUCCUGCUCCAGAUCGGCAGCAUCAGCGUGGUCAGCCUCGGGAUCCCGCUCAAGUGGUACCAAGCGUCCUUUUUCAGCUGCGCCGUCUACGUCAUUUACGGACUGCUGUUGGUCCCUUUCCUGCCCGAGAGUCCGACCUUCCUCGCCGUCACCAACAAGGACGAGAAGGCCAAGAGCGUCCUUCGCCGCCUCCGAGGCACCGACGUCGACGUGGAGGGAGUCCUGCGCGAUCUCAAGAAGCAAAACGAAUCCGUCGGCAACACGGCCAGCUGGAGGGUCCUCGUGAGGCCGGCGAUCCUCAGGCAGGAGCUGAUCCUGUUCGGGCUCUUCCUGGUUUCGAAUUUCAGCGGCGUUGAGGUCAUCAAGGCCAACACCUCCAGGAUCUUGCAGUCAGCUGGCGUGUCUCUGGACAUGGAAGUGAGCACCAUCAUGGUCGCGGGCGUCCUGUUCUGCGGGAAUUUCUCCAUGAUGCUCCUUCUGGAUCGCGCAGGACGUCGGCGAUGCCUGAUGCUGUCCUUGUCCCUCGUUGUGGUUGGUUACGGCAUUUUAGGAACUUUUGAUUUCCUCAACAUGCGGGCGACUGACAUUCUCGCGGCGCCAGAGGUACCUGUGGUAGCUAGAGCGAACGCCUCCAUGACCUACUACGCCGGGGUCGUGUCGACGCAGCGCACCACCUGGGACUGGGUUCCCUUGGCCUCCCUCAUGCUCGCUGCUUUCGGCCAGGCCCUAGGCUUAGGCCCGAUUCCUUGGAUCCUUUCUUCUGAGUAUUUUCCUACAUCUAUCCGAUCUCAGGCAGCGGGCCUCUGCACGUUGAUCGGAAGCCUGCAGUCCUUCGCGGCUCUGCAACUCUUCAGUCCAAUGCAAACAGUCCUAACUCCUGCAGGACUCUAUUGGUGCUACGCCUGCACUGCGGCCGUAGGAUUGCCUUACGUCUUCCUGUUCAUUCAAGAGACGAAGGGGAAGUCUGUAGGGUAAAGAAAUCUCCUGUUACUCCGUCGUCGAGAGAUAUUUUGUAAUUGUUGUAUUACUUCUUCACUUGAUGGUGACAGGUGGCUUGAUAAUCAUUCAUGUCUGAAAUCUGAUGAAGAGUAUGGAUUUUUAUAUUUAUAAGACAUUGACCAUUUAAAACAAUGAAUAUGAUUCAUUAUACGUUUUAUAUAUAUAUUUUUUUCAUAUUGUGAGAUCAUAUGAAAAUAAAUGAAACACUUCA